UCUCUGUCGCAUCAUGUGACUCGAGGCAACGCUCUUCCCCACCCGGAAUCCUUGCCCCUCCCCGCGAGCAGGUGGGCGUGGCCAGGACUCGCAUCAGGACCAGGAGCUGCGCCUGACGGAAAGCGAGAAACAUGGCGGAGAUGAGCAGCAUCACCCCGAGCUUCGAUAUAUCUCCAGUAGCAGCGGGAUUUGUCGGAGCUGCUGUUCUGGUGGUCUCCGUCUCAGUGACGGUCUUCAUCUGGACUUGUUGCCAUCACUGGGCACAGAAGAAACUGAAGAACCCACCAUACAAGUUCAUACAUAUGCUCAAGGGCAUCAGUAUCUAUCCCGAGUCACUGAGCAACAAAAAGACAAACGUUAGCAUCCGGCGAGACAAACCCCCUCCGGAGAGCGAUCCUGCCCAGAAUAAUCUUGUGGGGAACCACGGAGACGCUGGUUUGGUGAGGUCUGAGAAGGGUCCUAAUGGGCUGGCCACAGCCACCUGCACAGACCAUCUGCCAAUUAAUCUACAUUAUAGGGAUGAAGUCAGCCCAGGGCAGAGUCUGACUUCCAGCGGCAGCAAAUCUUCGUCCCCAUCAUCUCCAGAAGCCGAUGCUACCCUUGGCUCUCUCAGUCUCUCUGUGGAUUAUAAUUUUCCCAAGAAAGCCCUGGUGGUCACCAUCCAAGAGGCUCAUGGUCUCCCUGUUAUGGAUGAGCAAUCUCAGUGCUCUGACCCAUUCAUUAAGAUGACUAUACUGCCAGACAAGAAGCAUCGCGUCAAGACCCGGGUCCUUCGCAAGACCCUUGACCCAGUGUUUGAUGAGACCUUCACUUUUUAUGGUAUCCCAUACAGUCAGCUCCAGGACCUGGUACUUCACUUUCUGGUUUUGAGCUUCGAUCGCUUUUCUCGCGAUGAUGUAAUUGGGGAGGUUUUGGUUCCUCUUGCAGGGGUGGACCCCAGCACUGGCAAAGUACAAAUUACCAGAGAUGUCAUCAAGAGAAACUUUCAGAAAUGCCUGAGUCGGGGGGAGCUGCAGGUGUCCCUCUCUUACCAUCCGGUGGCCCAGAGAAUGACUGUGGUGGUGCUGAAAGCCAAACACUUGCCCAGAAUGGACAUCACCGGCCUCUCAGGUAACCCGUACGUUAAAGUGAACGUGUACUACAGCAGGAAGCGCAUUGCCAAGAAGAAGACGCAUGUUAAGAAGUGUACACUGAAUCCCGUCUUUAACGAGUCCUUCAUCUAUGAUAUCCCCGCUGACCUGCUUCCAGACAUCAGCAUUGAGUUCCUCCUCAUCGACUUUGACCGCACCAUUAAGAAUCAGGUGAUAGGUCGAGUGAUUUUAGGCGCUCACAGCGUUACUGCCCACGGAGUUGAACACUGGCGGGAGGUCUGCGAGAAGCCAAGGAAGUCAACGGCCAAGUGGCAUUGCCUGAGCGAGUACUAAAGGGCUCUUCUUGGGCUCGUGUGUACACAGCGUGGGCUGGAAGGGUUAUAUAAGGUCCAUUUUGUGUUUCCUUCUAUAACCCCACCAGUGACCAGGGCACCUUUACACGACUGGAGGUUGGCCCAUUACAGAUGGUGUUCACCUCGUAUUAGUGCUAGAUGAGACUUUGUUUUUAUAGGCAGUUGGCUCUUACAAUGAAAAGCAGGACAUUCUAACCCUAUUUACUAACGAGAGCAUAACUAAUCUCUACUUAUCUAUUCCUAUUCAGGACUAUACUCAAUUGCAUGUUUACCAAACACUGGACUCUGUACCCUUUCUAGAGCUUCAUAUUGAACCUGUGGCCAAACUCCUUGUUAGCCCUGCGCAUGUGCUGCCAUGUGGCUUCCCAGAGAGCUGAGCACAUUCCUAGGGUUGCUGGGAGUCAAUACUCAGAAUAGAUCUGCUUUUCCCCCAUGUACGGGUUGGGAACGGUACUCAUCAGCCCUGUAUAUUCCACAGCGUUGUAUGUGCUUGUGCUCCCUACUGUCUUGGACCAGCUUGUAUGUUGUAUGAGGCACUAAUCUGUGGAGACGGCUACAGCCAGACUUCACUGUUAUAACUCCCGCUCUAAGGCAUCGUCCGUUUCUCCGUAUUACAAGCGAGAGCAUUUUCCUCCUCAGUCAGCCCAUAGCACUGUACUCAUAUUAGUAGGAGUCCUGACAUGGUCAGUCUGUGUGAGCAUUCAUACAGGGAAUACGUUUGCUUUUCCUCGUUCCUAUUAGCUCCCUGUUUAUCUAUAGGAUAGCAGUCAAGUCAUGUGUAUAUGUGCAAUAGGUCUGCCUGCCUUCAUAUUGCCUCCUAUUAACUGCAAUUAUACUUCCCUAGAGCAGCACUAUUGUGCAAUAAUUGCCUUUAGUGGAGAAAAUCUCCCAGCAGCCUCAGAAUGAGGCUGAGUAUUGCUAUUCUGUAGUAGGAAGAUAUGGGUAGUGCUUGAAUGUCCCAUCAGCAAUGCAUGAGGGGCCAGAAACUCUGCAAUCAGAAUGUGGACUGUACUCCAAAAACACUAUUUUCCUACCAUAGAUAAACAGUAAUGACAAUUUCAUGGCUAUGUUCUCACUUUGACCAGGUCUGUUCUUUUUCUGUUCCAGGGCCAACAUUGUUCCUUUUGUGCUCAAUAACUAAGCUUUGCACACUUUUUGCUUCAUGACCAAAUAGCCUUGUUUUUUAUGUGCUCCAUGACCAUGCUUGCAUUACUGUGCUUCAUAACCGAGUUUGCAUCUAGGUGCUCCAUGACCGAGCUUGCUUCUCGGUGCUCCAUGACUGAGCUUGCAUCUAGGUCCAUGACUGAGCUGGCUUCUCGGUGCUCCAUGACCGAGCUUGCAUGUAGGUGCUCCAUGACCGAGCUUGCUUCUCGGUGCUCCAUGACUGAGCUUGCAUCUAGGUCCAUGACUGAGCUGGCUUCUCGGUGCUCCAUGACCGAGCUUGCAUGUAGGUGCUCCAUGACCGAGCUUGCUUCUCGGUGCUCCAUAACCGAGCUUGCAUCUAGGUGCUCCAUGACCGAGCUUGCUUCUCUGUGCUCCAUGACUGAGCUUGCAUCUAGGUCCAUGACUGAGCUGGCUUCUCGGUGCUCCAUGACCGAGCUUGCAUGUAGGUGCUCCAUGACCGAGCUUGCUUCUCGGUGCUCCAUAACCGAGCUUGCAUCUAGGUGCUCCAUGAUCGAGCUUGCUUCUCGGUGCUCCAUGACUGAGCUUGCUUUGGGUCAGGGGUCCCCAACCUUUCUUACCCAUGAGCCACAUUAAAAUAUAAACAGAGUUUUGGGAGCAACACUAGCAUGAAAGAAGUCCCUUGGGUGCCAUGAGUUAGGGUCAUGAGUGGACAGGAGGAUGUUUGGUGGUUCACCUGUUUUUUAUACAACCAAAACUUGCUUCCAAAGCAGGAAUUGAAACAUAAGCACCUGCUUUGAGGCCACUGGGAGCAACAUCUAAGGGUUGGUGGGCAACAUGUGGCUGGCAAACCACUGUUUGGGGAUCACUCCAUGACCAAGCUUGCUGCAAGGUGCUCCAUGACCGAGCUUGCAUCUAUGUGCUUCAUGACCACAUGUGACGCAGUGUUUUUCAUGCUCUAUGACUUUGUUUUUCUCCAGGCCUGUGUUUGCUUUCUCAUAGCUCCAUGAAUAAGCUUGCUCGUUCUGUACUCUUUAGCUUUAUGACUUACCUUUAUUCUAUUCUGUAGUCAUGCUAUGUCAUGUUAGUAACGGUUAUUCUUCCGUGGUGGAGUUUUAUUCAUUCCGUGCUGUAUGGCUAAGCUGUGCCUCUGUGCUGUAGGCUCUUCUCUUACCCCAUCACCUCCUCUAACUUCUUGUAUCUUUUUUGCUUCAUGAACAAACUGUAUUGUGUUUGGCUUGGUCAUUGUCAGGCUCCUUCUUUUAUAUUUCUGGGCGUGUUCCAUUCUCAACCCAUUCUUUGCCAAUCAAGUGCCAGUCAUUUUAAUUGGUUACCCAGGAGAUGACCUUUCAUUUUCCACUAAAAGAUCUUUUUCUGCUGCCUUUUCUUUCUGAGCUUCAGGAUGAGUACUCUUUCUCCAUUGUGUGUAUAAUGCAGGAUUCAAACAUGGGGGGCUAAACACAGCUACUGAAGUGAUCUAUUUCAUUGCAGUGGCAAAGUCGCUCUUUGUUACAACUUUUUAUCCAAGAAGCAUUUUGUGUGUUUGUGUUGGAGCAGUGACACACUAUGGCCAAAAUACUGCACCCGUCUGACGUCAUAUUGAAUCCAAUUCCUGAGCUGCUUCUUUUUCUCUUUCACUCGCACAGUCCUUCGUUUUGUGCCCCUGCCCCGAGCUCUUGGCACCAGUAUCAGGGGGCAGCAUGGGGAGCACAGGACAGGGGGUAGAGAUGAUGGUCAAUAUAGAGCAGAGGAGGCCCAGGCUUUACUCACUAACUUUUACUGAGUGAGUACUAGUUUUAGUAGUGCCAGAUACAAUGCCAUUGGUUAAAUGGAGGGGGUAUGUGACAAAGUGCAAGGUCUAUUCUCAUUGUAAAUUGAGUUUUCUUAGGGGUGGCUGAUUACCCCAAAAGGGUUCAAUGUAAGCACCUAUGAAAGUGAUGGGAGCUGAGGAUCAGUAAAAUAUAGAUACAUGAAGAAAAGAAGCUGAGGUUACAGUUCGUUGCAUAAUUAAUGGCGCUUUCCCCCCGAUCUUCAUGAAAACUGUGUGUGAAGUCAGGGGCCACCUUGCUGCACUGCCCCAGACCCUGCUUGUUUAGCAAAUAAUGCAUAAAGUGGGCCAUUUGGGCACAUCGCCCCCCCAAUAAUCGACCCCACCCUCCAUCACCCUGGGAAGAUCCAGGACCUUUGCACUAGGAUUGUAUUUGCACUCGUCUCUUUAUCCAUGUCCCCUCCCCAGAGCUGAGAGGGAGAAGGGGCUUCUGUUAGACGGGAAUGAGAGAGGACAUCAGUGCUCUUCACUAGGCAACGUACAAGGGCUGCACUUUGCUUGGGCCCUGCUGGCAUUCGCACACGGACUGCAGUGGGGGGGGGGGGCAUUUUCAUGACACACACCCCCAGAUGCCUUGUUGUGGGAUGAUUGCUUUCAUGGUUGGUCACAAUGACUCCAUAACUGAGCAAUCCUGGCCAAUCAUGUAGUGAACUGUAGGGUUCCCUUAGCAAGUUGUAAUACAGGAGCCUCGACAUUCCGCCCCAUGUACUGACUAGUGGCCAGCUACCAGUGCAGGGGCCCCAUUCUCUCCCAGUGCUUGGGCCCCAUUAUCUCCCAGUGCAGGGGCCCCAUUCUCUCCCAGUGCAGCGGCCCCAUUCUCUCCCAGUGCAGGGGCCCCAUUCAGGGGCCCCAUUCUCUCCCAGUGCAGGGGCCCCAUUCUCUCCCAGUGCAGGGGCCCCAUUCUCUCCCAGUGCAGCGGCCCCAUUCUCUCCCAGUGCAGGGGCCCCAUUCAGGGGCCCCAUUCUCUCCCAGUGCAGGGGCCCCAUUCUCUCCCAGUGCAGGGGCCCCAUUCUCUCCCAGUGCAGGGGCCCCAUUCUCUCCCAGUGCAGGGGCCCCAUUCUCUCCCAGUGCAGGGGCCCCAUUGUCUCCAGUGUGUGGGGCAUAUCUGGCAGUGCCUUGAUGUUCAUAAGAGAAGGGGCUAUUCUCGUCCCUGUCAGUACUAACAUACAAUGAGAUCAUGUAUAAUGCGUGUGCGUGUGCAUAUAGCACUGUGCUGUCUGUAACACUAUUCUGUACAUUGCAGUUGUCACUAACACACCAAUAAACAUUCAUUCACUCCCA